UACUCAAAAUCGCUUCUCCUGAUUGCAUCCGGCGGCCUCAGAUCCCCGUGGCCUGUGCUUCAUCUACGCCGUGUUCUUCGACUAUUUGCACAUCGAUUCAUGUCUCACUAGGGUUCAUGCAUGCUUUGAUCCGUUUGUUCCUGUGUUUUUCCGCUCGUGCAAUCUUGAAGUUUGGAGAUUCAGAUAGAUAUCUGAAGGUGGUCAAAAGGCUAGGUUCUGGAACAAGGAGGAGAGGAAUCAUGUUCUAUGGGACGAUCGUAUGGGAUCCUUGGCUCAUUCUGGCGCAGAUCGUCUCCCUCCAGUGCCUCUACUAUCUCACCCUCGGGUUCUUCAUGGUCCUUCUCGUGGGGACGCGAGUAUCUUGGAUGAGUCUCAUGUAUUUCUUCGAUUUCUCGAUGCUCGUGGCUUCCACCGUCACUGGGUGGUGUGCGAUCGUUUCCUUCAUACUCAGUUCCCUUGCAGGGGCAGUUUUUUUGCUUUAUUUGAUAGAAAGAGCUAAAAAGUGCUUGGAUUUCUCAGCUACUCUCUAUAUCAUACAUCUCUUUAUAUCCAUCAUUUAUGGAGGUUGGCCAUCAUCCAUUACCUGGUGGGUCGUUAAUAUCAUUGGUUUGGCAUUGAUGUCUUUGCUCGGUGAAUGGCUGUGUAUUAGACGUGAGAUGCAAGAAAUUCCCAUCACACGACUUCGUUCAAAUGUUUGAUGGCUACAGGAUUCUUCAAUCCUCUUCCAAAAUUCUAGGAGCUUCAACAUCCCAACAUUAGAUCAUGCUAAUGGCUUACAUGGGCGCAGUUGUUAUUCUUUUUUCUGUACGUGUCAAUUAAUUUGUUGAGGAGCUUAAAAGUGUUAUUUCAAAUCUAGAAAGACAUUUGCAGUUGUAGUCUAGUCCCACAGGAAUGGCAUCUCUCAAGGGCCUGUAUAUACCACGUUAGUUCUUUGUAUUGCUGAACUUUUUGUUUGUUUGGAACCAAUUCUGAAAGUAAAACAAGUCUUCCAUGAUAGAAAUGAGUUUUUAGGAGUUCAAAUUUCAAAUUUUGUUUGGGGAACACAAAUUGUGCUAAACUACUUACAUUCUGUUUACUUGUUGAUGAAUAAGCUAUCAUUACAUCUAUGUAAAAAGGAUUGCAAACUAUGCGGCUUGUUGCUAAUCCAUAUGAGUUUCUAUUUA